AUGACAGCAGUCUUCCAAUAUUUGGAAUACUCAGCUAUCUCUAAAUUCCCUUCCAACUCCUAUUCUAUUCUAUUCUAUUCUAUUCUAUUCUAUUCUAUUCUAUUCUACUCUACUCUACUCUACUCUACUCUACUCUACUCUAUUCUAUUCUGAAGUUCACCUAAAGGGUCAUUGUGAAGACUGUGCUGAACAUCUGGCAGAUUAAAAUCAGUAAACUUCUCUAGAAUUCGGAGGCUGAUGUUUCAAGGCUGCCAUGCAGACACGGGAUGCUUUGAGGGUGCUGUUCCUUGCCUUCUUAGGGAUGGUCAAGGUCAGAGCAUGCCAGCCCUGUAGUCCUAAAUACCUUCGUGCAACUGCAAUGGUGUGCGUUUGCAACGCGACGUACUGCGACACGGUGGACCCGGUCUCCCUCCCUGACGUCGGCAGCUUUGUCAAGUACACAACCAGCAGGGACGGCCAACGGUUGGAGCGGAGCGAAGGGAAAACAGCUGCCAACUCAGGCGCUUCUGGUAAAUCUGGGGAGGUUGGACUAGAUGACCUGCCAGGGUCCCUUCCUUAUUUUGUUCAUUCUGUUAAUUCUUGUAUCUCAGGUGGAAUUUUCUACACCUACGAUCCCUCCGUUCGGCACCAAUACAUCAAAGGCUUCGGCGGGUCGCUCACCGACUCUGCGGCCAUCAACAUCCUGCAUUUGUCUUAUGCAGCCCAAAACCAACUUCUCCGCUCUUACUUCUCCGAAGAAGGAAUUGAGUACAAUUUGCUGCGUUGGCCCAUUGGCUGCUCCGACUUUUCCACGCGGCCAUACAGUUAUGAUGACCGCUGCGUGAAUGACUUCGAACUGAAGUGUUUUGAGCUGGCUCCUGAAGACACCAAAUUUAGGAUCCCCCUGCUCCAUCGUAUCAUGGCCCACACCAGGAGACCCCUCUCAUUGGUCGGCAGCCCUUGGACCAGUCCUGGCUGGCUAAGAGUCAACAACAAGGUUUAUGGCAAAUCCAGGAUAAAGGGAGAACCAGGCGAUCGCUACCACAAGGCCUGGGCUCGUUAUUUUAUCAGGUUCCUAGAUGAGUACGCUAAAAAUAAUAUUACUUUCUGGGCGUUAAGCUCCCAGAAUGAACCAGUCAGCACCGUUUUCAUAAGUAUGGACAACUUUCCGAUAAAUUUCUCAUCGAAACAUCAACGCGACUUUAUCAUUAAGGACUUGGGCCCCGCCCUCGCCGCCAGCUGCCAUCCAGAUGUUCACCUCAUCAUUAUGGAUGACCAGAGGUUUCACUUGCCAAAGUGGGCCAACCAGGUGAUUGGCAAUAGUACCGCGGCAGCCUUCGUAUCAGGCAUUGGCAUCCAUUGGUAUCUUGAUACGGUCACCCCAGCUGGACUUACUCUGGACGUUACCCAUCGCCUGUACCCCGAUUUCUUCCUGCUCUACACCGAAGCUUGCAACGGUUUUGUGUACUGGGACGUGAAGGUUGCCCUGGGGAGCUGGGAGAGAGGCACCUAUUACAGCAGAAGUAUCCUGACGAAUCUCAACCACUUUGUCACCGGGUGGAUUGACUGGAACUUGGCCCUGGACAUGGAAGGGGGUCCCAACUGGGUGGACAAUCCCAUGGACAGCCCCAUCAUUGUGAACCCCCUCAAAGAUGAAUUCUACAAACAGCCCAUGUUUUAUCACCUGGGACAUUUCAGCAAAUUCAUCCCUGAAGGCUCCGUGCGUGUUGCUUUGACCUCCACUUGCUUGUUUGACAGCUGUCCGUUGAAGACCUCCGCUUUCCUGAGACCCGAUGGCAUUGCAGUGAUCGUGGUGUUGAACGACUGGUUUGUCGAUAUUUCUUUUACUAUCUCGGACGAUCAGGUGGGUUACAUUAAGGACCGCGCGAGAGCUCACUCCAUCCAAACCUAUCUGUGGAGGAGGUCCUGAGAUGGGGAAGGAAAUUGGCUUUUCGCUCAGGAAUAGCAGGCUCUGCUGAGAAGACAUUGUACUGUAGACCAUGAGUUUGACUUUGAAGAAGCUGCCUCAGUGGAAUGUCAGCCUCAGGAGACACACAGCUGGAGCAGUCUGAUGAUGCUCAGUCUCCAAUCCCUUGGACAUGGACCGUACACUCCUGUUGUAGUGUGUCAUUCCUGAAUUUCUACUUGUGAUUCCCGAAACCCUGACCUUUGGACUGUUUGAUGAAUCUGACUUGGCUCUCUGAACUUUGGACUGGAUUUUGACUGUUCUUCUGCGCACUCCUAUUGAGAACAAAAUUACUUUGGCAAGCUUUAAUUUCUGAUUGCUAUUUCUUCCCUUAUCUGCUGCUAUCUGCUCAACCUUGAGUAAAUGACUUUCUUGACC